AAAAAAAAAAAAAAAAAAAAAAAAUGUAAUUCUACUUUUGACCGAUAGAGGCGCACCGUGCCCAAACAAUAGCGGGCACGGGCCGCUUUGCAACAGAGAGAAAGAGUCGGGAGCCAUGGCAACGAGCAGCGGCAUCAAGAGAAAACUUGACCGAGAAAAUCGCAUUUUUCAGAGAAAAUGGGAAGAAGAGUACCUUUUCACCGAAUUCAAAGGAAAGCCAAUGUGUCUAGUUUGCUUGGAGACAUUAUCAGCCCUGAAAGAUUAUAAUUUAGGCCGACAUUACAACACCUUGCAUAAAGUUAAAUUUGAGAAAUACACUGGAGCUGCCAGAACCGCUGUAGUAGCUGACCUCAAAGCAAAAGUAUGUAAACAGCAGCACUUUUUCACAAAAGCUACGACGUGUCAGGAGUCAGCCAUCACAGCGUCUUAUGAUGUGGCACUCGAACUUGCCAGGGCAAAGAAGCCACUGUCGGAUGGAGAAGUUGUUAAGAGGUGCGUGGUGAAAAUGGCCAAAGCAUUUGGUGACAACAACAUAGCUAAAAAUUUUGAAGCUGUGUCCUUGUCCCGACGCACAGUAACACGCAGGAUUUUUGACAUCCACGAUCACGUCGAUGUAAAAAUGAAACAAGUCAUGCAGGACUGCAAAUACUUCUCAUUAGCUUUGGAUGAGAGUACAGAUGUGACAGAUGUCAGCCAACUGCUGGUUUUUGCGAGAACGAUUGACAAUUCAUUUUAUGUACAUGAGGAGUUACUGAAAUUUGCAUCUCUGCACGACACUACUAAAGGCAGCGAUAUAUUCAACGCCGUUACCGGUGCUGUGGGUGAAUACGGUGGCUUUGAAAAGCUGUCAGCUGUUGUUACGGAUGGCGCACCUGCGAUGCAGGGAAGACACCGAGGUUUCGCCGGGCUACUCAGGCAGAGCGGAGUAAACUGCCCUAUACUGCACUGCAUCAUCCAUCAGGAAGCCCUCUGCGCAAAGACGUUAAACUUUGGCCACGUCAUGGAUUUGGUGACAAAAGUCACUAAUAUCAUCAGAGGAGGGAACAGAUCGCUAUGUCACCGGAGGUUCAUCACCUUUCUGGAUGAAGUGGAUGCCGAGUAUGGGGACUUACAACUUCAUACGGAUAUCAGACCCCCUUUCUGCUGCGGUUAG